AUGGCUUCCAUGGGUGCCCCGGGCAAUAAGAAUCCCUUGGAUGUAAUAAACGUUGCUCCUUAUUGCUUAAAGAUUCAUGGGCAAUAUCAUCAUUUGACCACGACGGCAAUGCGCCCAGGAGAUGGGCAAGCUCCGCGUUAUGCACAACUUUGCUUUUUGGAUACGGAAGAAGCUGUUUACCAUAGAAUGAAAAACAAAGCCAACCAAGGAUGUGAUUCAGCUCUAAUGAGAGAUCUGUCAUGCUUCAUGGUUCAAUGCAAUGAAUUUGCUAAGACUUUUAAAAUGAUGAGUCAGGUUGAACAAGAUCUCAAUCCGAAAGGCACUAAAGCCCCAAAUUUGAUGUUAUCCUUUAGAAAUAAUCCUCAACACGAUCAAAGAAGAUACAAUGCUCCACGAGCUAAUGAAAUAGCCGUAGUUUUUCAAAAUAUUGAUGGUGAGCCUCCAUUUGAAAGAGACAUUCGAAUUUAUAACAAAAAUUCAAAUGAUGUACAACAAAUUUCAAUUCUGGACAAAAGGUGUGACCCAAUGUGUUACCCUUUGUUAUAUCCAUACGGUAAUGAUGGAUGGUAUUCAGAAUUGAAAACUCAUAAUCCUAAAUAUCCAGGAUUCAAAAUAACUCAAAUGGAUUAUUAUGCUCACUUGCUGGCACCAAGAGCAGAAUUUAGUCAAUUUCAAAGAGCAGGCAAGUUGAGAUGUCAAUUCAUACUCGAUGCAUAUAUGAAAACAGAGGCCAAUAGGCUUAAUUACAUUAAAAUGAAUCAGCCCCAAUUAAGAGCUGAACUUUAUUCAGGAUUAAUGGAUCACCUUGAUAAUCGAUUACAAAAUGAAGGAAUUACAGCUGGUGUACCUGUAAUAUUACCAUCCUCAUUUAUGGGUAGUCCAAGGAACAUGCAAGAAAGAUACCAAGAUGCCAUGUCUUUAGUCAGAAAGUUUGGUAAACCAGACAUAUUUAUUACGAUGACUUGCAAUCCUCAAUGCCUUGAAAUUAAAGAGAAUCUUGAUGGAUGCCCAGUAGAGUAUCGACCUGACCUGGUCGCAAAAACAUUUAGCUUAGAUGUCAAAGAAGUUUUGAAGGAUAUCGUUCAAAAUGGAAUUUUGGGAAAUGUCAUAGCUUAUGCAGGCGUGAUUGAGUUCCAAAAAAGAGGGCUACCACAUUUACACUUACUUGCAAUGUUAAGUGAUGAAGACAAGCCCCGAUUACAAGAAGUUAUUGACAUGAUGGUAUGGGCUGAAAUUCCUGACGAGAAAAAAUAUCCAGAACUUAAUGCAAAAGUUCUAAAGCACAUGAUUCAUGGUCCAUGUGGUGACAUCUCUCGAAAAUAUCCUUGCACUGGAGAUGAUGGAAAAUGUUCAAAAGGUUUUCCAAAAGAAUUUCGAAACGAAACUAAUGCUAAUGUAAAUGGAUAUCCGAUGUAUCAACGAAGAAAUACUGGAAAAAAAUACAUUGUAAGAGGCAAAGAAAUUGAUAAUAGAUGGGUGGUGCCAUAUUCGCCAUAUUUAAUCAUGAAAUAUGAUCGGCACAUCAAUUUGGAAAUAUGUUCAUCAGUUAAGAGCGUAAAAUACUUAUAUAAGUACAUUCAUAAAGGAUUUGAUUGUGCUGCUAUUGAAGUACAAACACGAGAUGGCAAAACUGCAAAAGAUUCAUUACAGUAG